ACGGCAGCCAAUCAAAAGGCAGCAGCUCGAAGUAGACUCCCUCCCCCCGCCCCAUCUUCUUCCAGGAAGGAGAAACCGGAUCUGGUUGACUUCAUAAAGACAUAAACCAUGGCAAAGGAAAAGAAGAAGGAGAAGAAGAAGAAGAAAGGAACGUCACAAGUGUCCAAGGAGCCCAGAACCUAUUUUCCAGAAGCCCUAUUGUCGUAUCAAAUUCAAAUUAAGGAAGAGGUCAUUGAUCAGCUUCUCAGUGACAUCAAGCAACUAGAAUUGGAGAAUGACAAAUGCAAACAAAGAAAUCAGCAACUCAAGCAAGAACAGAUUGGACACAUCCGGGCCCUGCUCACUACUUUGAAAGAACAGGAGAAGGAGCUUGAAAAAGUAGAAAUUGUGACCCGGGAUGAUGUUGAGAGAGCGAUGAUGGACAAAUGGCAGUAUAUUAAGGAUCAGGAGAAACUUAUUAAAGAUAUGCGCUUCCAGAUACAUUUUGUGGAACAGAAACUUCUGCAGAAACAAGCUGAAAUAGACUACUGGAUGGCCUACAAAAAUGUGGGAAGUACCGAACAUUCAAAUCAGAUUCAGUUCUUGGAACAGGAUAUUAAAAAGUUGAAGGAAGAUCUUGAAGAAAUGACAGAAUUUUUUAGAAUUUCUUUGGAAGAAACAAAGGAAAAAAUUGACAAAUAUACUUUGAGACAAAUGGAGCUAAAGAAAGAAUGGGCCACUGAGAAUGCUGUUAAGCACAUUGACAAGAUCAGCCGCAGGGAGAUUAAAGAAUACGAGUGGCUAAAAGAAGAAGUUGCAUCUUAUCGAAGAGAAGUGACUGAAUUAGAAAAAUCUGUCCAUGAAUUGGAGAAGGAAAAUAUCUAUCUCAUCAAUCAACUGUUUGAGCGGAGAUUGCAAUUCCUUAAAGUACCCAGGAAGCUGUUUCUUACCCAAGGAGCUGGCUUGCAGAUUCCAGGAGAAAGCAUGGACCAAGAGGAAGAGGAGAGGGUAAUAUCAGCAACGGAGACGGUCAUUUCGAUGGAGCAACCAUCACAUGAUGAGAAAAGGGGCCUGGACGGUGCAGAAAAUAAAUCGGCAGAUGACUUUGAAGUGGUUUAUUUGCGGGGAAUGUCAAUGAAUCAAUUUCUGCCCCCGCUGCUGUAUGAAGAUACAAAUGAUUUCAAGGAAUAUAAGGAGCUGGGUCCUUUGGAUGUGAAAUUAAUGUGUGUCGUGGGCCAAAAGAUGCCAAUUCAUGAAGACAUCAAAGAAAUGCCCAGCAAAAGUCAUUUGGAAGAGAAGUACGACCCAAAUAGGCCUGCACAGCACAUUACCUACCGUAUGAUCAAAUCUGUGUUUCCUUAAAAGAGAGGAAGACAAAGGUGAAUGUCCUUUGAGAGACAGGCCGUGGAACGUCUAGAAUUCUACUUACGUGCUGUGUGUAGUUGACUUGCAUGUGUGAAAAAGUGGAAGGUUUAAAACUAUAGGCUGUCAGUUAUUGGGGCUCUUUUGGUGGGAUGUUUGCAACUGACCUACAAAUUAAAUAGAUUUGCAUUGGAUGCACCAGGAAGGAGUAUAUGUGGUAUUGUUGAGUUCCCAUCAUUUGUUCAUAUCAGAUAUACAUUUGCUUGUAUGGAAAGCUUGGGCGAAAUGUAUGAAUUCUUUAGGUCUGGUAGCUGAAACUUCCAAUGAAGCUUUAUCUCAGGGUGUCUGCAAGAGGGGGCAAUUUUUUUCCAUCCCCCCCCAAAAGCCAUAGUUCCCAACUUUCAAAUGUUAA